AUGGCAUGCCCCAGCAAGCUCCUCCGUUUACAGCAUCCUUCCUCUGGCCAGAAGGAGUUACUGCAGCUUCCACAAGCCAUGCUGGGGCAAGGUCGCUUGGUUGGUGCCCUGGAUGCCGUAUUAGACUCUAAUGCACGUGUCGCUCCGUUUCGAAUAUUACUCCAAGUUCCAGGCUCACAGGUUUAUUCUGCCAUUGCAUGUGGUGCCACUGCAGAGGAGAUAAACCAGCACUGGGAAUGGCUGGAACAAAACUUGCUCCAUACUUUGUCUGUGUUUGACAAUAAAGAAGAUAUUGUUAAUUUUGUCAAAGGGAAGGUGAAGGCACUGAUUGCAGAGGAAACGAGCAGCAAACUCGCCGAGCAGGAGGAAGACCCUGAGAAAUUCCGAGAAGCCCUGGUGAAGUUUGAGUCCAGAUUUAAUUUUCCUGAAGCUGAGAAGCUGAUCACCUAUUACUCCUGUUGCUGUUGGAAAGGAAAAGUUCCUCGGCAAGGCUGGCUUUACUUGAGCAUCAAUCAUCUCUGUUUUUAUUCCUUCUUCCUGGGCAAAGAGUUGAAGCUUAUAAUUCCUUGGGUUGAGGUCCAGAAGUUGGAAAGAACCUCCAAUGUCUUCAUGACUGACACUGUCCGUGUCACCACUCCCAAUAAAGAACGUGACUUCUCCACAUUCCUCAACAUCAAUGAGGCUUUCAGGAUCAUGGAGCAACUGGCAGAUGUGACACUGCGCAGGCUACUGGAUAAUGAGAUCUUUGAACUGGAUCCAGGCCUACAGGAUCCUACACAGAUUACCAAGAGGGAUCUUGAAGCCAGAGCACAGAAUGAAUUCUUUCGGGCCUUCUUCAGAUUGCCAAGGAAGGAGAAGCUGCAUGAAGUUGUAGACUGUUCUCUCUGGACGCCGUUUAGUCGCUGUCACACAGCAGGAAAGAUAUAUACUUCAGACAGUUAUAUCUGUUUUGCCAGCAAAGAAAAUGGCUGCUGCAAUGUUAUCAUCCCACUUAGAGAGGUAAUCAGUAUAGAGAAGAUGGAGGACACGAGCCUUCUUCCUAAUCCCAUCAUUGUUAGCAUAAGGAGCAAGAUGGCCUUUCAGUUCAUCGAGCUGAAGGACCGGGAUACAUUGGUGGAGAAUCUGCUCCAAAGGCUAAAAGAAGUGAACUUGAGCAACCCAAUGCACUGUAACAACUUGCAAAAUAACAACCAGAAUGCUCCUGUCUUUGGAUCCACCUGCAUGCUCAGGGAUAGUGAGCCUGUAUGUCUGGGAACAGAGGCUUCACAAACCACAGAGAGAAGUGAAUGUGGAAAGGAGAGCAAUUACUUGCUCAAUGCAGAAGCACUAAGAUCAGACUUUCAUCAGUCAGGAACAGUGGGCCUUGAUUUUGGAAAGUCUAGGGAGCAAAUCAAAGAGAGUCUGUGGGAUGACCAUUUCGUGGAAUAUGGCAGAACUGUGUGCAUGUUUCGCACAGAGAAGAUCAGAAAACUCGUUGCAAUGGGAAUUCCUGAAUCCUUAAGAGGCAAACUCUGGCUGCUCUUCUCAGAUGCUGUGACGGAUCUGGCCUCGCACCCCGGUUACUACGUCCACUUGGUGGAGGCUUCCAUGGGCAAGUGCUGCAUGGCGACCGAGGAGAUCGAGCGCGACCUGCACCGCUCGCUGCCCGAGCACCCCGCCUUCCAGAGCGAGACGGGCAUCGCCGCCCUGAGACGGGUGCUCACGGCCUACGCACACAGGAACCCCAAAAUAGGAUACUGCCAGUCUAUGAAUAUUUUGACCUCCGUGUUGCUGUUGUAUGCCAAAGAGGAAGAGGCCUUUUGGCUGCUGGUUGCUGUCUGUGAGCGAAUGCUGCCAGAUUACUUCAACCACCGAGUGAUAGGUGCUCAGGUAGACCAGUCAGUGUUUGAAGAGCUUAUAAAGGAGCAGCUUCCAGAGCUGGCUGAACAUAUGAAGGAUCUGACUACUUUAGCUUCCAUUUCUCUUUCGUGGUUCCUUACACUGUUCCUUAGCAUCAUGCCCCUAGAAAGUGCUGUGAAUGUUGUGGACUGCUUCUUUUACGAUGGGAUCAAAGCCAUUUUCCAGCUGGGCUUGGCCAUACUGGAAGCCAAUGCCGUGGAUCUGUGUAACAGCAAGGAUGAUGGGCAGGCUCUAAUGAUCCUGAGCAGGUUUUUAGAGCAUGUCAAAAAUGAGGAAAGCCCUCUGCCACCUCUUGGUAAUCACCAUGCAUUCUUCAGCGAUGACCAGGAACCUUCUCCAGUGACUGAAAUAGCUAACCUGAUUCAUGACUCCUAUGAGAAAUUUGGAGACCACUCUGUGGCCCAGAUAGAGCAUAUGCGCUACAAACACCGAAUCCGUGUCCUGCAGAGCCAUGAAGACACAACCAAGCAAAAUGUGCUCCGAGUUGUCAUUCCAGAUGUGUCGAUUCUUCCUGAGGAUUUAGAGGAGUUGUAUGACUUAUUCAAGAGGGAGCAUUUAAUCAGAUGUUACUGGGAAGUGCCGAGUCCGGUUGUGGAGCGACACGACCCCAGCAGACCGUACGCCGAGCAGUACCGCAUCGACGCCCAGCAGUUCACUAACCUCUACAGGCUGGUCUCGCCCUGGACCUGUGGGGAGCACACUGAUGUCCUCGCCCGAAGGACCUUCCGGCUCCUGGAUGAGAACAUGGACCAGCUGGUUGAAUUCAAGGGGCUCGCCAGCUGCUUAGAUGUUAUGUAUAACGGAGAAAUGAAUGAAAAGAUCAAGUUACUGUAUAAGUUGCAUAUCCCACCUGCUCUCACAGAGAAUGAACGAGACAGCCAAUCACCAUUAAAGAAUCCUUUGCUGUCAACUUCAAGACCACUAGUCAUAGGAAAAGCAAAUGGUGAUGCAGUAGAUUACCAAAAGCAGUUGAAGCAGAUGCUGAAGGAUCUAGCCAAAGAAAAGGAUACUAGAACUGAGAAAGAAUUGCCAAAAAUGAGCCAGAGGGAGUUCAUACAGUUCUGCAAGACCUUGUAUAGCAUGUUUCAUGAAGACCCAGAGGAGAAUGAUUUGUAUCAAGCAAUUGCCACUGUGACCACACUGUUACUUCAGAUUGGAGAAGUAGGACAAAGAAGCAUCAGCCUGGGGAGCGGAUCAGAUGAGUUCACCGAGGACUUGCAGCCCGAGGCCUCUGCUUCAGACCAGGACACUGUUUUUACUGACACUGUGAAGAUCCCUCACAAAGACUCUCAGCCUUCUCCUGUGACUGAAGGGGACUGGACUGUCUCUUUUGAACACAUUUUAGCAUCCCUCUUGACUGAACAGUCAUUAGUUAACUUCUUUGAAAAACCCUUAGAACUGAAGCCAAAACUUGAGAAUGCAAAGCUGAAUCAAUAUAGUCUCAAAACAAAUGGCAUGAGCUGCCUGUCACGGGGUGAACAUCCAAAACUGAACACACAGUAGCAGCAAACCUGUCAAAAAGAUGAUGCACUGAAUUUAUGCCAAAGCACAUUCUGUAAAAGGCUUUCAGUUGGCAGUGGACUUUUGGAAAACAAUUUGUUGGUCUGUGAUUUUCAGUUUUAAGAGCUUUAAAAGCUAAAGUGUGUGUAGGUUUGUUUUGUGCCAU